AUGGAUGAACUUGAAAUGAUUCUGAGACUCACAGAUAUCUCCGCUGAUGGAGAAGCUGUAGAAUAUAAUAGAUCUGGAAAUCCCUUCAUUACAGUAUCAAGAGAUACAAAAACAGAAACUCGUGAAAGAAGAAAUAAUAGAUUAACCAGAGAACAACUAGAAAAAUCACAACAAACAUUAGAAGAGAGAUCUGAGCUUUGCAGGCGAAGAGUUCCUUGUCUUACUACCCCAGCAACCACUGCUCAUCAAAGUAGAGUUGCUUCGCGAGCAAGAUCUCCUGCAAAUGAACUAGAUAAUACUUAUGAUGUUUCUCAGCAUAGAGGUAGGACAAAGACAAUGAACGAAAAAAUGUAUCAAACUCGACAAAUUUAUUUAACCCAAUUAUUAAUCAAUAAAAAGCAAGCAGAUAUACAAAGACUUCAAAGAAUUCAAAAUAAUACGGAAUAUAAUACUAGAAAAGCUGAGCAAGAUGUAUCUGAUGAAGCAAAUGAACUUAAAAAUUCGAUGAACGUACUGCAAGCAGCAUUAUCUAAGAGCAGAAAGAUUGCAGCCGAAAAUGAAGUUCAAUAUUCUACACUUAAAAAGGAAUUAUUACAAUUGCAAGCUAAUUUUAAUGCUAAAUCUUCGAUUAUAUCAAAGAAUGAAGAAAUUCUCGAGCAAUACCAAGAAUAUGAAAAAUUCCUGAAACUUUUCGUUCCAGAAACAGUAGAUGAUAUAUUUAGUUAUUUUCAUCACCCUUCUGUUCUCAUUGAAGAAAUGGAGCUACUUCAAGAUGAAACACUUUCACUUGUUAAAUGUUAUUCUCAUUAUAUGCAAGCUCAAAAUGCAAUUAAUGAGAAAACGCAGAAAAAAGCCGAACAACAAGAUAUUGAAGAGCAACUUAUCGAAGCGAGUGAAGUCAGAACUAAACUAGCACCUCUUGAGGAUUAUACUCCUCGAGCUGCAGCUAAACAAAACAAUUCUUUAGAUCAAGAAUUAAAUCGAUUAACAAAUCUGAUCUCAGACACGUAUAAAAUGUGUUUUGGAAAUGCCCCAAGCAUGUCUCCAAUCGCUAUGCUUGAAAAAAUUGAAACCAAUUUAGAAAAUAUGAUGAAAAUUGAAGAAACUGUUUCAUCGGAAAUUCUUUUAGAAAUAAAAACAAAGAAGGAUGAAGAAAGAAAGCUAAAAGAACGUUUGGAUGGCCAAGAAAAGAGGCGACUUGAACAAUUGCGCAAAUAUGAACAGGCGCUUCAAAGAGCCAACAAGGCUAUACCAAGACAUGAUAAAAGAUUUCCAAAAGAAAGAAUGCUUCCUGGUACACGCGUUCAAAAAGUUGAUACGAAAUCAGAGAGAUUGGCAGCUCUUCGUAAGAAGGAAGACGAACUCCUAUAUGGGCCGUCAGACUAA